AUGGCUAAGGAACAACCAGUAAGAUCUAAUAAAAGGAAAUCCAAAUCCAAAAAAGUCAGAAAAGAGAAAGUAGACGAUGUCGAUCCCAUCGGUUUGCUUCGCAAGUUGACCAACACUGCCAAAAGCAAAACGGUUUUUGACGAUCAUGAGACGUCAGGAACCCAGGUUGGUGUCUCGCGAUGGUGCCUUCAGAAUCAGGCACCAUCCACAAUGUCCUGUUACAAUGGAGACUUGCCGGAAUGGUUCGAGGAUCUGACCGAUGAUAAUGUGUCCGCCUUCAAAGAUCUGUUUGACAUGCUGGAUGCCGCCCACACCGGCACCCUGAAUGCGGACGAUCUGUACGAGGGCCUGAGGCGCGUGGACAGCGAGAUCACGCGGGAAGAGGUGGAGGCCGCGCUCAAGAAGCUGGACAAGGACGGCAACGGCGAGAUUAACUUCGAUGAGUUCCUGUUCCACAUGACCCAGGGGGACCUGCUGGAGGGUCUGGGAGGGGAUGAAAAGAAAAGGAAGGGGACCUUUUCCCGUCGCCAAAGAUUGUUCUUCACGGCCAUAACCCAGUUCUCCUUGAAGAGAAGCCUUGGAGAGGACUUCCGGUACAUCACCAAGCGUCAACCGCACGUACUGAGCCACUACACCGCGGGCCUGCGCCUCAUAGGUCUGACUGAUCGCCAGCUGGCGCUCCAAAUGAAGAAGAUGCAGGAAAAGUCCGCCAACACUGAUUCACCGUAUGCGAAGCCUCUGCAGUUUGUCUCUCAGACUUCUGGCAUGAAAACCAUGCACAGACCAGGCCAGUAUCGGAACAAGGACUUCAGCAGUAAGUACAAGCUGAAUACGGCCCCUGUCUCCGCUGUCCUUCCCACAAGGUCUAAACCAGAGCACCCGCACCCCGGACCAAUACACCCCGGGCCAGUGAAUGCCGAUUCAGUGCGCACGGAAAAAGAGAUACCUUUAAAAUCGUUCCCAACCAGAAUAAUGCGGGAGAGCAUCGUUAAUAAACUUCCUGGCGGGGAUUUAAUCAACAAGAUCAAGACACAGAUCAUGAAUAAAGCCAUUACUUCAAAGCAGUUAAAUCUAGCCCUAGGAAUCAGACCUUCCCCUAUUGAAAAUGCUAAAGUGGAGAAACAACCAAAGGCGAAUGGAAGUAGGAAGAAGACCCAUUCUCACUGUGGCUGGACCGUUCCAAAGAUUGAACAAGUCUUUGUCCCUCUCCCUGUUUUGAAAAUAAAGUACCCCAAAAAUCGCCCCACCAUUGAUGAUCUUCCCAACAUAAGAGAACAGGCCCGAAAAGCAAUGGGUGAGUUCUAUCACAACAUGCAAAAGGCAUGCGUUGUGCAUUCCCUGGAACACUGGGAAAAGCUUUACGCUGAUACCAUCCGUCCCAAAAAAAUGCUUGAGAAUUUCCGCACCGUGUAUCGAGCCUACUCUCCCCACAAAGAAGAGGAAGCAUUCGUGGUGUGUCCUUGGAUGCCGGGCCCGUGUGUGUACAACAGGCGCAGGAUCCUUCCCAUGAAUCACCAGACAAUAUGGUCUCCCAGAUCGUGCGGCAGUCCAAACUUGGUUCGAAACCUUUCCACACCGGAUGCUGAACUACGGUGUGCAUCCAGUCUGAAUUAACAAAUCUGCGGGAGUAAAUUUAAGUUAUAUUUUGUAUUAAAGUGAUAUAAUUUCUGU